GGGUGGGGGGUGCUGGUGGUGUGGCAGGGAUCGGCGGUGCCAGUGGAAUAGGGAGUGCGACGAGGAUUAAUGGGACUUGGGUAGGUUGAGGGCGUGGUUGUUUCCAUGUGGAAUGUGAGGCUGAGGAUGAGGGAUUAGGGACGAGCGGGGAUUGCACCAUUGGCGCGAAAAUGGCAUCGAAAGGUCUGCGAAUGUGCUUUACAAGCUUUGCGAGCGAUGGUCGGCGCCGGUGACGAUGAGGGAUGCUGAGGCGCCCGCAAAACGAGCCGUGUCUCACUGUUCUGCGGAGGAAGGGAGUUUCGCCGCUUGCACCUAUCUUUGAUCUACUUCUGUGUGGGGCAUGUCUUUCGGGAAUGCUAACGUAUCAAACCAUUUUCGCCUACAGGACGGCGUGAUUAAGAUUGUCCGAUACGAAGGCUUAUCGUCCCUCUGGCGGGGUCUGUCACCGACAUUAAUCAUGUCCAUCCCCUCCACAGUAAUCUACUACACCGGCUACGAGCACAUCCGCGACCUAAUCUCCGCCCACCUAAAAUCCCAAAACCAAGACCAAUGGGCCCCCCUAUUAGCCGGCGCCACCGCCCGCACACUCGCCGCAACCGCCAUCUCCCCCAUCGAGCUCCUCCGCACCCGCAUGCAAUCCACCUCGUCCCUGCGCACCCUCUCCUCCGCUCUCACCAACAUCCGCGCCAUGGUCCGUGAUGCCGGGUGGAUCGCAUUAUGGCGCGGGCUGACACCGACGUUGUGGCGGGAUGUGCCGUUUUCGGCGGUGUAUUGGAUUGGGUAUGAGGGGGGCAAGAAGUGGCUGGAUGGGUUGGACGGUGGGUCCUCUCCGUCGGGUAUAUCAGAAACAGGGGGGCCCUGGAGUGGGAAUCCACCUUUCACCACCGCUCCACAAUCACCCACUACACCAACACACGCUCCAGUGAACACCUACCUCGAGUUCCGCAACGCCUUCCUCGCCGGCGCCACCAGCGGCACCCUCGCCGCGUUGAUAACCACCCCCUUCGACGUGGCCAAGACGCUCCAGCAGGCCGCGCAACAUCCCCCGUCGACGAAGCAUCACCCGAUAAGUGUCCCGUCGACGAUGGAGGUGAUGAGGGGUAUCGUGCGACGGGAGGGGUGGAGGGGGCUUUUCAGGGGGGUGAGUCCGAGGAUCGCGAAGGUGGCGCCGGCUUGUGCCGUCAUGAUUUCCAGCUACGAGGUCGGAAAGAAAAUAUUCGAGCGAAGCAAUAAUCAUCCGGCAUGAGCACACGGAUUCCUACGCUUUCGGACGGCAUUUAUCCCGCCCGCAACCCCAUCAACAGACACUCAUCGGGCCACAUGAAUCGGGCCCCUUCACAUACGCAUACAUACAUACGCCAUAGACACUUUCCUUGCAUAAGCCAUAGCACAUUCCAGUCGCAGACCGUGCCAUACCAUACAUGACAUACCCCCGGCAUCACACACACACACACACAAUUUUGUAUAGCAACGUAUUUAUAACAUAUGGGUUUCCGUCAAGGGUAUGUCAGGCAGCGGGGUUUUGGGCGUCUUCCGUGUGGUGUGUUCGGAGUGCAAGGUUGGUCCCGCUCCGAAAAAACCUG